AUGGUCCGUAGAGGCUGGUUGAUAUGCUUGGCUUUCACAGCUAUUUUAUUCUUUCUGUUAGGAAUCUUUCUAUUAUUGCCAUUUCCUUUGGCUGUGUACCCAGCGCUUGUUAGAUCACAAUUGCAUUUAAGUCGAGGCGAAGACGGGUCGUUUCCAACUCUCACACAUUACUGGAGUAAAUUCCCAGCCGAUCAAUAUUAUAACUUUUAUUUCUUCAACGUCACUAACAGAGAUGAGGUUAUGUAUGAGGGUGCGAUGCCUUCACUUGUUGAGAUCGGCCCUUACUCGUACAAAGAAUCGGAGUUCAAGGAGGGAAUCGAUUGGAGAGAAAACGAUAAUCGAAUUUAUUACAUGAACAACAAAUCAUUUUCUUAUCAACAGAGUACAUCUUGUGAUUAUUGUACGUAUCAGGAUAUGGUCACACUCCCAAAUGCUGCUUAUAUGUCAGUUCUUUCUCUCAUCCAGGCAAAUCAAAAUCUGUCAAAUAUAGCCGUGAACACUGCUAUUCUCGAUUUUUUGACAUUGAUUUUGGGUGAGGCUCCAUUGAGAAUUGUUCCUGUAGCUGGAGUUUUAUUCGACUCAUAUCCGGAUCCAUUCAUCUCACUCACAAACUCGGAAUUGACAAAACUCUUGGCACCGGACGGAAAACUCUUGGGAAUGCAGUUACCACCAAUUAAAUAUAUGGGCUACUUUCCAAAGUACAAUCAUUCUCACGAUGAAGACUAUAUGGCCUAUACGGGAAAGGAAGACGUUUACAAGACGGGGAAUAUCAUCAGAUGGGCCGGUAAUGAGAGUCUCGCUUGGUGGGGGGAUUCGUAUUCAGCUGAUCUUGCUGGAGCGACUGAUGGAUCUUUCAACAAAGCAAAUCUCAAAAAGACGGAUAAAGUCAAAAUGUUUCAAUCGUACGCUUGCAGAACUUUCCGUAUGACCUACAGCAAACAGGAUUCUGUUAAAGGUGUUAAAGCCUACAUUUACAAACUCGAAAACUAUGAUUACGAUACAACAACGCAGCUGAAUAGUGGCUAUAGAUACGAGAAUACGGAACUUGUGGACUAUUUCCCGACCUGGCCUUGUGGACCGAAUCAUCAGUAUAAUGCGUCAGCUAGUUGUCAUGCAAUUGAUUGCACAUCAAGUCAAAAUUGGUGUUCAAAUUGUUGUAACGGCACUCACUACUUAGACAAAACGGUUUUCAUGCCACCGGGAAUGGUUCCGUUAAGAUGUCUUCCAGGUCAAAAGAUUCGUGCUCCAUUCGCCGCCUUUCUUUCACCGCCACACUUUCUCCAAUCACCGUCAGAGGUGACCACAUCGAUGAAGGGCUUGGCACCAGAUCCAGAUCUCCACGAACCGGCCAAAUUCUACAUCAAUCCGAUGACCGGUUCUGCUUUGAAAGCUUUCUUCCGGAUGCAACUUUCAAUUCCCAUCUAUCACAAUAAACAUUUCACACUAUUGAGUAACGCUCCGAACGCUAUAAUGCCCUCAUUUUGGGUGAAUAUUCAAGUGGAUUUGAAAAAAUAUGCAAUCAAUUACAUCAAGAUGGUGCAAGUGAUCAUUCCAGGAAUAGCUCUGGGAAUUGGAAUUGGAUUGAUUGUGUUGACAUUAGCUGGCUUUUUGAUAUCAAUAAUGAUCAUGUCGAGAAGAAGACGGCAACAAGGAAAUCAAAAAUUGGCUAUAUCAAAUGGCAACUCUCCUGCGGCUGAUGUAGUAAUCUCGAAUAGAGCUAACACUGAACCACUCUCUCUUCAACCUGGAUUACUCCGAAUUCAACUAUCGUUUGGUGAAAAGAAACUUUCAACAGUGCUUUGUAUUGAUGAACAUGGUUUUCUUCCAGAAGCAAGUCUCGAACUUUCAUCCGGUUGGCGAUCACAAUGUCGAGUGGAUUCAAAACUGGCCAAUUGUGAUGGUUUGAAAGUACUCAUGAAAAUUGAAUGUGGACAGGAAAUCAUUCUCUCAAGUCGAAAUCCAUCAAGAACUCCAUCUCCUUUAAAUCUCACUGAUCAUAAGGCAAAAACGCUGAACUUUUCGAUCUCAAAUCUGUCACGAUUUGACGAUGAAAUCUUGAGUGAAAGUCCUCCUGAAGUUCCCAUUUUUGAGGAUGUUAUUGCUGCAGAUGGCAAAGGGUUCGAAUGUCCUCGUUGUGGGAAAGUGUUCAGCUAUGAAUAUUAUCGAGACAAACACCUUAAGUACACCCGAUGCGUCGACCAGGGAGACCGAAAAUUUCCGUGCACGAGUUGCUCAAGAUCAUUUGAGAAACGAGAUCGUCUUCGGAUUCAUGUAUUACAUGUUCACGAGAAUCAUCGCCCGCAUGUUUGUUUUGUUUGUGGGAAAGCCUUCUCACAAAGCAGUAGUCUAAAUAAGCAUCUCCGUGUCCACUCUGGCGAACGACCAUACAAAUGCCAAUUUUGCCCAAAAGCUUUCACUGCUUCAUCAAUUCUACGAACUCAUAUUAGACAACAUAGUGGAGAGAAACCAUUCAAGUGUGCUCAAUGCGGGAAAGCUUUUGCCUCACAUGCAGCCCACGACAGUCAUGUUAGAAGAACACAUGGAGAAUUGAAAAAUGAUGAUAUCUUU